UGCGCCGCGGAGGCCUCGGGGGCUUGGGGCGUCGGGGAGUGCGCGAGGCGGCCCGGGUUGUGUGCACUGGCGGAGACAAAGCGGUGGCUGAGGUGGCAGAGGCGGCAGCGGCAGCGGCGGCGGAGCAGCCCUAAACGCCGAAGUUUGUGGUGCUGAGUCCAAUCACCAUCUCAUCCAAAGCGGCGCGCGGGCGGCUGGUUUCGCGGCGGCGGCGGCAGCGGCGGAGGCGGAGGCGGCGGCAGCACAUGGUUCCAAGAGCGCGCUGCGGUUGUUGGGUUCCAAUUCCGUGGGGAGGGACAAAGGCAGCUGUGAGCGCCGGGCAACGCCCGGUCGGGUGGUGCGCUCGCCACUGUCCUCGAUCCGGGCCUUGAAAGCUGGGACUAACUCCUCCGUGAGGAGGAGACCACGGGACCGAGGCCCAGUCAGGGCCUUAGAGGCUGAGGCCGGUGUCUGAGGGAAGUGGGGGAGGGGCGCGGCCCGCCUGAGUUAAUUUGGGCGGGUCAAUUCUGUGGCUACUUAGUGGGUCAUUGUGAGGUAAUUUGACCCACUACCCUGACGAAAUUGGGGCACACAGCAAGCUAGGUUUGGUCCGGGCUUUGAAAACAGAAAUCGGUCUUCAGCGCUUAGGAGAUCUUUCAGUUAGGAGGUGGUGAAGCCGGAACUAACGCCAUAUGCACUUCAUCAACAUCGUGGUCACCAGUCUGGGGCUAAUUUAAGGAUCCUGGGAUCAUUGAUGGCGAAGACAUGGGUGGUUGUCCAGUUUUAUGACUGAAGUUGCUAAAUUUCCGGAUUGGUAAAUUUCCUCACAGGAAAUUUAGAGGAACAACAACAAAAAAAGGCUCGAAGAACAUGAAGAUGGAGCAGUAAUUGAAACACCAACUCCAGUAUCAUCUACUCAAGGACCAACCACAUUCCACUCCGUGAACUGUCGCAAAUUAACGCUGAAGCUCCUUAAGACUACACGUUUAUGACGUAGUUCCAAGAUAUUACAUCAUAGUCAUUGAGAAGAUUAAAAAAAAUGUAAAGGAGAAAUCGAUUUUUGUUUUAGACAUCUUUUUGAAUAUAUCUUGGUUAAAUACUAGGUAACCUUGUUUAACUAAGGAGCACAGAUUUACCAAACCUUUACUGGAAGGAAUCCUGAAAAAUCUGUUCCAUUGUAAGCUUAUAGUUCCCAGUUAGUGGGUAAAGAACUGGAGACCUCAUUGCACUCAUGGCUUUCACAAAUUACAGCAGUCUGAAUCGAGCUCAGCUAACGUUUGACUAUCUACACACAAAUUCAACCACUCAUGAAUUCUUGUUUGGUGCUCUUGCUGAACUAGUUGAUAAUGCAAGAGAUGCUGAUGCCACCAGAAUCGAUAUUUAUGCAGAAAGGCGAGAGGACCUUCGCGGAGGAUUUAUGCUUUGUUUUUUGGAUGAUGGAGCAGGAAUGGAUCCAAGUGAUGCUGCUAGCGUGAUCCAGUUUGGGAAGUCAGCCAAGCGAACGCCUGAGUCCACCCAGAUUGGGCAGUACGGGAAUGGGUUAAAAUCGGGCUCAAUGCGCAUUGGGAAGGAUUUUAUCCUCUUCACCAAGAAGGAAGAGACCAUGACCUGUCUCUUCCUGUCGCGUACCUUUCACGAGGAGGAAGGCAUUGAUGAAGUGAUAGUCCCAUUGCCCACCUGGAAUGCUCGGACCCGGGAACCUGUUACAGACAACGUGGAGAAGUUUGCCAUCGAGACGGAACUCAUCUAUAAGUAUUCUCCCUUCCGCAAUGAAGAGGAAGUGAUGACUCAGUUCAUGAAGAUUCCUGGGGACAGUGGAACGCUGGUGAUCAUCUUCAAUCUCAAACUCAUGGAUAACGGAGAGCCAGAGCUGGACAUAAUCUCAAAUCCAAGAGAUAUCCAGAUGGCAGAGACUUCUCCGGAGGGCACGAAGCCAGAGCGCCGCUCCUUCCGCGCCUAUGCUGCUGUGCUCUACAUUGAUCCCCGGAUGCGGAUCUUCAUCCACGGGCACAAGGUGCAGACCAAGAGGCUUUCCUGCUGCCUCUACAAGCCCAGGAUGUACAAGUACACAUCAAGCCGGUUCAAGACUCGCGCGGAGCAGGAGGUGAAGAAAGCUGAGCACGUGGCACGGAUUGCUGAAGAGAAGGCAAGGGAGGCGGAGAGCAAAGCUCGGACAUUAGAAGUGCGCCUGGGUGGAGACCUGACACGGGACUCCAGGGUGAUGUUGCGACAGGUCCAGAACACGGCCAUUACCCUUCGCAGAGAAGCUGAUGUCAAGAAGCGGAUCAAGGAGGCCAAGCAGCGAGCGCUUAAAGAACCCAAGGAACUGAACUUUGUUUUUGGGGUCAACAUCGAACACCGGGACCUGGACGGCAUGUUCAUCUACAACUGUAGCCGCCUGAUCAAGAUGUAUGAGAAAGUGGGCCCACAGCUGGAAGGGGGCAUGGCAUGUGGCGGGGUCGUUGGGGUUGUAGAUGUGCCCUACCUGGUCCUGGAGCCUACACACAACAAGCAGGACUUUGCUGAUGCCAAGGAGUACCGGCACCUGCUGCGGGCGAUGGGGGAGCACCUGGCGCAGUACUGGAAGGACAUCGCCAUUGCCCAGCGGGGAAUCAUCAAGUUCUGGGAUGAGUUCGGCUACCUCUCUGCCAACUGGAACCAGCCUCCAUCCAGUGAGCUGCGUUACAAACGGCGGAGAGCUAUGGAAAUCCCAACCACCAUCCAGUGUGAUUUGUGUCUGAAGUGGCGGACCCUCCCCUUCCAGCUGAGUUCUGUGGAAAAAGAUUACCCUGACACUUGGGUUUGCUCCAUGAACCCUGAUCCUGAGCAGGACCGGUGUGAGGCUUCUGAACAGAAGCAGAAGGUUCCCCUGGGGACGUUCAGAAAGGAUCUGAAGACACAGGAAGAGAAGCAGAAGCAACUGACAGAGAAAAUUCGCCAGCAGCAAGAGAAGCUGGAGGCCCUGCAGAAAACCACACCCAUCCGCUCCCAAGCUGACCUGAAGAAAUUGCCCUUGGAAGUGACCACCAGACCUUCCACUGAGGAACCUGCACGUAGACCUCAGCGUCCUCGGUCACCUCCUUUACCUGCUGUGAUCAGGAAUGCCCCGAGCAGACCCCCUUCCCUGCAGGCUCCCAGACCAGCCAGCCAGCCCCGAAAGGCUCCUAUUAUUAGCAGUGUCCCAAAGCCUCCUGCCUCGACAGCACGGGAGGAGGCCAGUACUUCCAGGCUGCUCCAGCCUCCUGAGGUGCCCCGAAAGCCUGCCAACACUCCAGUCAAGACUGCAUCCCGGCCCGCCCCUCCCGUGCAGCCACCAUCACCAUCUCUGCUGCCCAACUCCAAGAGCCCUCGGGAGGUCCCUGCCCCCCGAGCCAUCAAGACUCCAGUGGUCAAGAAGCCGGAGCCGCCCAGUAAACUCUCCCUGGCCACUCCUGGUCGGAAGCGGAGUCUUGGGGUCUCUGAUGAGGAAGAAGCCGAGGAAGAGGCUGAGAGGAGGAAAGAGAGGUCCAAGCGGGGCAAGUUUGCCGUGAAGGAGGAAAAAAAGGACUUGAAUGAGCUCUCAGACAGUGCUGGGGAAGAGGACCCAGCUGACCUCAAGAGCGCUCAGAAAGCUAAAGGGCUGCACGUGGAGGUGCGUGUGAACAGGGAGUGGUACACAGGCCGUGUCACAGCCGUGGAGUUGGGCAAGAACGUGGUGCGGUGGAAGGUGAAGUUUGACUAUGUGCCCACGGACACGACACCAAGAGACCGCUGGGUGGAGAAAGGCAGUGAGGAUGUGCGGUUGAUGAAGCCCCCUUCCCCGGAGUAUCAGAGCCCGGACACGCAGCAGGAGGGCGGGGAGGAGGAGGAGGAGGCGGCAGUGGCUCAGCAGGCUGUAGCCAUGGCAGAACCCUCCACCUCAGACUGCAUUCGCAUUGAGCCCGACACCACCGCCCCGAGCACCAACCACGAGACCAUUGACCUCCUCGUCCAGAUCCUUCGGAAUUGUUUACGGUACUUCCUGCCUCCGAGUUUCCCCAUCUCUAAGAAGGAGCUGAGUGCUAUGAAUUCAGAUGAGCUAAUAUCGUUUCCUCUGAAAGAGUACUUCAAGCAGUAUGAAGUGGGGCUCCAGAACCUGUGCCAUUCCUACCAGAGCCGCGCCGACUCGCGGGCCAAGGCCUCCGAGGAGAGCCUGCGUACCUCCGAGAGAAAGCUCCGCGAGACAGAGGAGAAGCUGCAGAAGCUGAGGACCAACAUCGUGGCGCUCCUGCAAAAGGUGCAGGAGGAAUCUGUGGUUCCAACCCUGGCUGCACAGCAUCCUGACCAGGAGGGCUGGAGGUGGUGCGGCUGCCUGGGCCUCAUCCCAGCCAGACCCACGGAUAUAGACAUAAACACAGAUGACGAGCUGGAUGCCUACAUCGAGGACCUGAUCACCAAGGGGGACUAAGAGGCCUGGAGCCAGAGAUCAGCUCCCCUGCCCCUCAAGGCAGAGCUCCUGGGGGUGGAGUUUCAUUUAUGGGUUGAUGGACUUACCUUGGUUUGACUCACAUGGGAUAUUUGUGCUUUUGGAGGGAAAGAGACUCUGAUUCUUUGAAUCUUCCUCCCUACGUUUAUAAAUAUUUAUUUUUUAAAAGAAACAAGAUGCUGUGCCUGCUGUGAGACCAUACAUUUUUUUUGGUGACUCUUGGGCAGAGAACAGAAGCAGGAUGCCAAGUCUGAGCUGCUUCUCUUGGCUCCUGGCUCCUCAAGAUGUGGUGAAUCCAGUGCUGUUUGGAAGUUGGGGAGGCUCCAGGGGCAAGACUGGGGGAGGGGCAGGGCCCCCCAGGCUGGUGCUCCCCCAGGAUCUCCAAUCCAGGGGAUCCCCACAGGGCCAUGGUCAGGAGGAGGCUCAGCGCUGAGCAGCUCCCUGUCUCGUGGCUGCUCCUUCAGGUUGGGGAUGUGAGUGGUGGCCCAAGUGGUCCGUCUUGGCUGUGGCACCGUCCAGACAGCUUGGGGAAGAAAGAUCCUCCUGUUCAACUUCCCCAUCCACCACCUAAGUUCUCCCUGCUGGAGAACUAACAGUGGACAAUGAGGUUUCCUGCCUCAAAAACUUGAGUGGACAGAUCCGACUCUGGUCAGACUGCUGACCCGGGUAACACACUGAAUGUUUGAAUUCCAAAGGAUUCCUUUUACGAAAGGACCAUGUGUGUGAAGGAGCCCCUGUGCUGGUUGGUGGCGGCCUCGUCUGUGGGUGUGGCAGGGUCCUAGGGAGCACACCUUCCUCAAUGGUCCCGGCCAUCUGGAGAGCCUGGCGCUGCUUUUUCUCUUACUGCGUCCCCCCUGUCUGGCCCCACCAGGCCCAGUCAAGGUCCCUGCUUUGGGGCAGAUGGGAGGAGGGGGUCACUGAGCCACAGGGACUCCAGAGGUGGCUCUGCAGGAAGCACACCAUGUCUUCCUUCCCGCCUGGUCACAGCCUCAUACAGCUGUGUCCCUCAACUUCUCAGGGUCAAAGACAAAGGCAAGAGUUGCUGAAUUUUCUCUUUAAUGGCCAUUGGAAAAAUUCUGGUUUGAUUUCUCCCAACUCUCUUCAUCCCCCUUUAUUUGGGGACUGGGUUUUCUGAAGGCACAAGAACUAUGGUCUUGUGCCACUGGUCUGCAAUUCAGACCUCUCGGUGUGUUUCCAGCAUCUACCCACCUCUGGUCAGCAGUGGCCACAUGCUGCCCUGUGAAGACUCCAGUAGCCUGGGAAGUGCUGGCGAGGGAGGCAGGCCCCAUGGGAAUCGGAGGUCUUUACCCACUUGUGCACGUGGCCAGAAGCACCUGUGACUUGUGGGUUUGGGACUUCUCCAAACCACAUCCCUGGGCAAGGGCUCUUUGGGGGAAAUACCACUCAGAGAGGCCCUGACCUCUUCCUCUGAAGAUUCGCGAAGAGUCUUAGGGCUUCUUGAGCUGGUGGUUCCUCUCCUGUCCAGCUCGCUCUUUUCAUCACAGGCAGCAUAUGGUCCAUUUUUGUCCCCAAACCUGCUGUUUUAAUCUAAGUGCAAGCUGGUUCUGCAUUUUUACUAGAGGGUAAUACUCAAGUUUUUUAUUUACAUACCUGUAAUCGAAAUGCAAUACUAUAAACUUUCACUGGUGAGACUCCUGAA